AAUUAUGCGUUCUUAUCUUAUCUUACCCCAUGUUCCUAAGGUCCUUCUUCUUGUUCCUCUCCUCACAAACUAAGCAAUGGUAGCAAUAAUCCUGGUAACUUCUCUAAAUUUUGUACUUGCUUACAGACUCUGGAACAGAACGCAAGAUAUCAAAUUUGUUGUAAGAGAUUGUUUUAUUAAUACGAAUGGAACUCAAUACUUGAAAAAUGUUAGCUUUGUGUUUUGCCUUCAAUGCGGCCAUUGCACCAAGUUUGACGUCCCUGCUUCUACGGUGGAUUCUCCUACCACUCCGUUAACGUGCACGAGGGAGCAUGAAGAGUUCAGAUUGUCAGAAAAGGUUCCUGGGAAUGGCAGAGGAAACAGACGUCAAAGAAUUCAGGUUGGUUGGAUAACUGGUUUUGUUACAAGAUUGAUCAACAAGUUUGGUGUAUCACGAGGCUCUCUGUCUUCUCACUGAAAACUUCACAAUCACAGAUCAGUUGUAGCUUAGGAAGUUAAUUUUGAUUUACCCGUAAUGUUUGAGAUAUGAGGGACAAAUAAGAAAUGUAACGGAAUUGAUAUUCCUUUUAAUAGUUUGUAUAGCUUAAAGUAGGCAUCAAAUGAAAUAGAAUAAUGCAGAAUGUAUUCCAUCC